GUUCCUUUAUAUUGUAAAUAGAAGUGUUCUUAAUACAGAACUAGUCCAGAACCCCCCAGAAGACUUUAGUUGGAUAAUACAUGGUGUCCGUAACAUACUAGGAUAUGCCACACUAUUUCUGCCAGGAUACUUAGUUCUUAGUGAUUGCCGAUGAAACCACAGACGUUGCUGGUGAAUUUCAAUUAGUUAUAGUCUUCCGAUAUUUGUGUAAAGGACGACCAGUUGAGAGAUUUUGGAGAUUUUACGUGCCGGGCGGACAUGAUGCUAAGUCAAUCGCUGAAUGUAUUUUAAAUGUUUUAAAUCCCUGUACAAAAUAUUAAAGUAAUGUAUGAAAAGUUAAUUGAUCUAAAUUGUCCUUUACCUGUCAAUUUAAACGAAAUUCUUUUUCCAAAAAAUAAGCAGACGUUACAAUGUCUUUACGAAUAUGUAACGUCCUGUAAAUUUAAAUUUUAAAUAGGCUUAGAUAAUAAAAUUAUAAAAUUGUAAAAAUAUCACACAAAAUUGAAAAAUGUAUCCAUUAAUAUAGUAUAACACUCUGUAAAUUUAGAUAAUAAGUAGGCUUAGAUAUUAACUUAAAAUUGUUAUUGUAAUACCAUACAAAAAAACACAAAUAGUCUGGCUAAUUGGCUCCGUCAAAGCCAUUAAUAAUAAAAAUAAAAAAAAUCCCUUGUUAAAACAUACUCCAAACAAAUUAAUUGCUCAAAGUUAUGAUGGCGCAUCUGUUAUGAGUGGUGGCUUAAAUGGUGUGCAAAAAAUUAUUAAGGCGACAUAUCCUCUUGCAAAUUACGUUCAUUGCUAUGCACACCAAAUGAAUUUAAUUAUGACAAGUGCAUGUUCCAUCAAUAAGCAGGCUAGGAUAUUUUUUUCUAAUUUAUCUGGUUUGUGCUCAUUCUUUUCAACGUCUCCUCAAAGAACAAAAAUUUUGGACGAGUUGGUUAAUCGCAGGUUGCCAAAAUCUUCCCAAACACGUUGGAAUUUUCAAUCACGAAGUGUUCAUACUGUUCAUGAAAAUAGAAAAGACUUCAUUGCAGUUAUGGACAUUAUACAAAGUACUUCACGUGAUUUGUCUUCCAUUAAUCAAGCAAAUGGUUACAAAUUAAAGCUCCAGGAUAAAGAUUUUGUAUUUUGGUUAUUUAUUUUUAAUAAAAUUAUGCCUCACGUAGAAAUUAUUUUUCAUCAAUUGCAAAAAGUAUGCACUGAUUCUGUCAAAGUGAAAAAAGAUUUGGAGAAUUUUGAAGCAGCAAUUCAAGGUAUAAGGGAGCAAAUGGACGUCAUUAUUGAUAAUAUUCAAGAAGAAAUAAACACGUCACAGAGACAAACCGAUAAUGAUGAACCAAUAAAAAAAGGCGCGAAUUGAAGAGGACAGGCCCAGCAGAAAACGGGAAGCCUUAGAGAUAUGCGAUGCAGUUUUGUUGCAAAUAAAAACAAGGUUUAUCUUCUCCGGACAUUUAGUUGCUUCUCAUUUAUUUAUGUCAGAGAAGUUUUAUGCUUAUAAGGAUAAGUUCCCCGAAUCAUUUCUUAAUGAAACAUGCACACAAUUUUUAUUUUUAAACAAAACUCGGCUUAAAACUGAAUUACAAGUAUUGUAUCAGCGAGACGAAUUAAGUACUACCUCUGGGGCUGUUCCGUUAUCUGUUUUAU